CUCUGCACUCAAUCGGCACUCAAUCGGCGCUUGCGGAGAGACUCCCCGCUCCACAUUGCGGCAUUCCCACAACGUGCACAGCAUCGCAUACAUACUUGAAGACUCGGUUCUGCUUCAGCACUUGCGUUGGAGAGAGCAUAAACACAUCCUCACGCUCUGACUAUUGCCCCCGUUCUAUCCAAAAUGAGCAGUUUCGGAAGCAUAUUCCGAGUCACGACCUUCGGGGAGUCCCACUGCAAAGCCGUCGGCGUGAUAGUCGACGGUGUUCCGCCAGGUCUGGCGCUCACGGAGGAGGAUGUUCAGAUUCAGCUCAGUCGGAGACGACCGGGGCAGAGUGACCUGACGACGCCGCGCGAUGAAAAAGACAAAGUCUCCAUCCUCUCCGGCACCGAGAAAGGCUACACCCUCGGCACGCCCAUCGGCAUGAUGGUCGCCAACCAAGACCAACGCCCCUACGACUACGGCGAGAUGGAUUUCUACCCUCGCCCGUCGCACGCCGACUUCACCUACCUGCAAAAAUACGGUCUGAAAGCCAGCAGCGGCGGCGGUCGGUCGUCCGCGCGCGAGACCAUCGGGCGGGUCGCGGCGGCGGGGAUCGCGGAGAAGUUCCUGCGCGUCUCGCAUGGGGUGGAGAUUGUGGCGUUUGUGUCGUCGAUCGGGAACGUGAACAUGGAGCCGAUGACGGGGUAUGGCGCGCCGGAGGAGGAGGCGGGGUGGUUGGCAAAGUGGAGGAGCUGGUGGGGUACGUUGAGGAGUAUCAAGCGGGAGGAUGUAGAUAAGAACGACGUGCGGUGUCCCGAUGCUGCGAUCGCUGAGAGGAUGCGACAGCGCAUCGUCGCCGCCCGUGACACCCACGACUCGAUCGGGGGCAACGUCGUCUGCGUUAUCCGCAACGUCCCCGCGGGCCUCGGCGAGCCGUGUUUCGAUAAACUGGAGGCGAAACUCGCCCAUGCUAUGAUGUCCAUCCCCGCCACGAAAGGCUUUGAGAUUGGGAGCGGGGCGGCGGGGACGGAUAUCCCCGGACACGUGCAUAACGACCCGUUUGUGUUGAGGGAUGGGAAGUUGGGGACCACGACCAACUUCUCGGGAGGUGUGCAGGGCGGAAUAACCAACGGCGAAGACAUCUACUUCAAAGUCGCCUUCAAGCCCCCCGCAACCAUCGGGCAAUCCCAAGCCACCGCGACCUACGACGGCGUGCACGGUAACCUCGCCGCCAAAGGCCGGCACGACCCCUGUGUGCUGCCGCGGGCGGUGCCGAUCGUUGAGGCGAUGGCUGCUUUGGUUGUUAUGGACUCGCUGCUACAGCAACUCAGCCGUGAAUCAGCUCGCGCACUCAUCCCGGCUGAGAUGCAAGCGCAGAUCCCGCCGGUGCUGACGGGGAAGCUGGACCGCGUCACCGUCGCGCAGGUGUUGUGAGAAGACAUCCGAAGAUUUUUCGACGCCCCGCUUCCACUCCCCAUCACUUUGUACCAAUUUGGCGUAUCCAUGGCCCCCGAGCUCUCGCGUAGAUUC